CGUCAUCUUCACCCACAGCACCCUUUGUGUCAAGCUGGUGCUGAUCCCCCUUCUCACCAAUUGUAUUGAUUGAAGGGUGUAACUCACAGCACGCCUUGGGGUUUCAGACGAGAACUGGAACAAGCAUGGCUUCGGAGUCAAGCACUGAGAAGUUUCCGAGCACGCAGAAUACGCAAUAUGAUAAGAUUGGGACGAAGUAUAAUUAUAUGCAUGAACUUCCUGCUGUGCAACCUGAAAAACCGUCGGUUGUAGCGGCGGUGGGAGGUAUUAAGGGAUUACGUUGUCUGGACCUAGCAUGCGGCACAGGCCGCUACACUCACCUCCUCCACACCCUAGGCGCAUCCUCCGUUCACGGCUACGACAUUUCCUCCACCAUGAUCUCUGGCGCAAAAACCACAUACCCACCCUCCUCAUACCCAGCUCUCCACUUCGCUGUCGCUGACUGUAGCAAGCCGCUAGACCCAAAGCCAGAACCCUUCGAUCUCAUCUUCGCAGGCUGGUUUCUCAACUAUGCAGGGACGCAGGAAGAACUAGUUUCCAUGUUCCGUGUCAUUGGAGAAAAUUUGAAACCAGACGGAAGAUUUGUGGGAAUUACAACGAACGUGAAUGACCCUAAGAUGAAGGAACCAAAGAUGGAUUUUUAUGGGCUGGAUAUUUUGGUGUUGGAUCCUGAGUACAAGGAGCCGGGAGGGAGUGGGGAAGACCUUGGGAUUACAGCAAGGGUGGUCGCGCAUACCGAGUUUGCCAUUCAAUUCGAUGUGUUUCAGUUCAAGAAAGAUGUUUAUGAGAGAUGUGCGGCGAAGGCGGGAUUGAGGUUGAAAUGGAGUGAUCCUGUUGUGCCUGAUGAUGAGAGGAUGGCGACGCAGUAUUGGGCGCGGUGGUUAGAGCGCCCGACAUUCGUCGUUGUGGAAGCAGUAAGGACAUAA